GCCACCAAAACGGCGUCCACUGCUUUCAGGCUCAUCUCGUCUUUCAUUAGCAGGAAGCCGCGGGAGCAUCGUGUUUCUUUGCCUGCUGUUUUCCGUGGCCACGCAGCUGUUUUCUGACGCGACUUCUCUCCACCUAACAUAAGUUCUAACGAAGAAAAUCCUUUCCUGAUGUGUUGACACGCUCAUACGCACUCGCACACACUAUACGAGCAGCACCAUUACAAGAUUUACCGAUGAUGAUGCCGGACGCCUCAUCUAGAGGUGGGAAUGGCAAAGCGCCACUACGCGAGGUCCGCGUCAGCGAGCAGGUCAUCCGUAGCUGUUUCCGGCACGCCUUCACUACAGAAAAGGAGGAGGUGAUGGGCAUGCUGCUGGGCCGCUUAGAGACGCGGCGGUUCGCAAGCGGCAGCGGCAACAGCGGCGCCGCAGAAAUCGCGAAAGGAGCGGCGAGUGCGUCCCCACCACUGCCGGGCUCCGUGGAAGGCAAGGUGGCCUAUAUAUGGGCGACACACGUCAGCGAGCGCAGCGUGCAGAGCAGUGACCGGGUGGAGAUGUCGCCGGAGUCCCUCGCCUCCGCUGCGGAGACAGCGGACCGGGUGUCGGCCGCUACGGGUGUGAACACGACUGUCCUCGGCUGGUACCACAGUCACCCGAAGAUACCCGUGGUGCCGUCGGCGGUGGAUCUGCGGACGCAGAGGGAGCACCAACAGCACUUCGAGAGCGGCUGGGUGGGACUGAUUGUGAGCGUGUUUAACGCCGAGGCGAACCUCAAUCGCGGCCACUGCGCGCUGCACUGCUUUCAAGCCGGUCCGAACAAUGAGCACAUUCAGGUCCCAGUGCACGUGGUGUCGGUGGCGGAGCUGUUCUCUUCCGUCGAGCCGCUGCAGGCACUGCCGGACAGCACACCGGAUCUGCUGCGCGUGCUGCAGCGAGAAAUCGGCAACGGUGUGCGCAUGGUGGAGGAGAAGACGGAGCACAACGCGGCAGCCGCACGCGCCGCACGUGGGUUGGCGGAGGCGCAACUGUAUGAACUGGACGGGCUUGUGGCGGAGCCCACACGCAAAGAGCUGCUGCUGUGUUCUCUGCCUGCCCUGCGCGCGGAGGUGGCGCGGUUGGAGGCGAUGCUAGCGGACGCACGCACGUCCGCACCUUCAGCAGCGAAGCCGUCUUGA